AUGAUGGAGUAUUGGGAUGCAAAUUCUCUUUUCACUACAGCACCUAGCAAUGUGGAAUCUAAAACUUAUUUCAAGUGGAGGAAACCACAGGAAAAUUCCUUCAAGAUUAACUGUGACGGUGCUUUCUGCAAAUCUAGUGGUAAAGCUGGUAUUGGAUUGAUUUGUAGAAAUUCUGAGGGAUUAUUUUCAAAAGGAUGGGCUGAAAAGGUAAAUGUUACCUCUGCUUUUCAUGCUGAAAUCCUUGCUGUCCAUAAAGCGGUUGUCCUAGCCGAGCACUGGCAAUGUUUUCCAGUUGUCAUUGAGAUGGAUUGUAAAGUACUCUUUGAUGCGUUAAUUCAAAAAUCUUUUCGAUGCUGCCCAUGGCUUCUGCAUGGUUUACUUGCUGAAAUCUUUGAAUUGGUGAAUGAUCGAAGCUCCUAUUCCUUUUCUCUCAUUCCUCGUGAGGGAAAUGAUGCUGCCGAUCUGUUGGCUGCCUUAGCUUCAAGGGAGUUGGGACCUAACGGUCUGAUUCUGGAAUCUCCACCUCCUCUAGCUACUAUCGUCCUUCGUGAAGCCACCUUUGUUGAAGAUUGCAGUUUUGACCAGCGUAUUUCUGAGGCUGAUAGGGAAGGUGUCGGCUAA